AAUUGAUAACAUAAAAGAGCGCGAUAGGUAAAUUCAUAUAAAAGUCAAAUAACCUACUUUUUAUUGCCAUUUAUGUAAAUUAAGUUAAAUCUAUACUUGUAUAAAUUAUUAUAUUUAUUUAAAUUUAUAAUUUUUUUAUACAACUUACAAAGGCAAAAAACAACUUUCAAACAUAUUAACGUAAUACAUUGUACUAACGAAUGUUAUAUUAUAAAAAUGUCUCGUUUUAGCUACUGUCAUUGCAUAUCAUAGGAUACUAGGACCACGAAUACUAUUCUUAAUCUAUUAUCAACUUUGCAUCUCUUCGUAGUCGGUUUGACAUCUAACAUUUGUUAUCUUUAUCUUUAUAAUCUGUGUUCCUGUUCUCUUUUUGUAUCUUAUUUUUAAUUUUUUUAUUUAUUUGACUUUUAGUACCUAUAUUUAUUAUUAUCUCUGUUUAUUUGUUCCUAUAUAUGAAAUUUAUUGUCCUGGUGUAGAUAAUAUGAAUAUUGUACUCUCUUUCUCCAAGUAUUAUCAACUUUAUUAAUAAAAAAAAUAGUAAAGUAGUUAUUUCGUACUUUAUUAUUGAAUUCCAUAUAAUUUACUUUUAAAUCUUUAAGAUGAAUGAAGACGAGCAAGAUAAUAAACCAUCUGCAACUCCAUUUUCGAGAUAUAGAAGUCCUAUAUUUGCUUUAGAUGAAAUCGAAACUUUGGUCAACUUAAUAGAUAAAUAUAAAUUUAUAGUUUUAAAUAAAUCUACAAGUACUGCAGCUUGUCAUGCUAAAGAAAUUAUUUGGGCGAAAAUAACGAAGGCUUUCAAUAGUCAUACCUUUAGACAUAUGAGAAGUGGAGACUGUUUAAAAAAUAAGUGGGAAAAUUUGAAAAAAGAAGCAAGAAAAGUAUCAAAAAACCUAAUGGAAAUUAAACGUGGUGAAUAUAGUGACCUAACUAAUCAAAUAUUAAGUAUGAUGUAUGAAGCAGAAAACAGUACAUGUGAAGUUGAGUUACCAGAAGAGACUGUUGAAGAAAUAAAAGAACCAGAAGUACAAAAAACUCUGAAAGAAGACAAGGCAUUGAAAAGUUGGGUAGAUAAUCAUAAUAAAGAAUCUGAUGAAUCAACAGAUGGUGAAAGUGAACAAAAGAAAGGGUUAUAUUCAAAUACAAGUAGAUCAAUGAACUUCUCCCCACAUGAAUGCAGAUUGCUGCUUAAGUGUGUAAGGGCAGAAAAAAUACAUAUCUUAUGUAAGGAUAACUCAACUAAAGCUAAUAAAUUGAAGAGUGAUGCUUGGUGUAGGGUAACAGAGGCAUACAAUAAACAGUGUCCACUAAAAAGAACAACAAAAGUCCUGCGCACAAAAUUCACAAACAUGAAAAGACUAUCUAGAAGAAUUCGUGUACAUGGUUAUUUAGCUAAGAAAAUAAAUAAGAAACAUGUCCAAUUAGAUGAAGAAUGUAGUAAUAGUGAUAAGACAAUAAAAACAGAGCCUAUUUAUGAAAUCAACGAUGAACAAAUGCAGAAUGAUGAUGCUCACAAUGAUGAUGAUAAUGAUUUUAAUGAAAUUCCCAAUAAUGUAAAUAACAAUCCCAUUAACAUGGCGCCAGAUCCUCUUAGCACAGUGCUCAACAGUGAUUCGGGAAUAGGUUCAGUAACAAAUAUGGAAUCCUUUAACAUGUUGGAUAACAAAGAAAUAUUGGAAUUAAAAAAAGAGUUGUUGAAUUAUGAAUUAGAAACAGCCAAAUUAAAAAGAAAAAAGUUAGAAGACGAAAUACAAGAGGAAGCAAUCGCUAGAGAAAUGAGAGCGACAGAGAGGGCAUUGCGACUCCGCGCGGCAAGGCUGGAAGUAGUGGCUGCCGAAAUGAAGCUGCCGGUCGGCCAUCCCGCCCUCCACUAUGCUCAGCAGGAAGCGCGUGCGCAACCUUCGUACAUGAUAUAAAAUCAUAUUUAUACGGUAGUAAUUUUGCACUACUAAAAUUUCGCCACCAGCGAUCACCAGGGGGGAAGUACCAAUGACAUGAAUGCAAUGCAUGACAACAGACUUCUAUAGGUGAUAAACCACUGUAUAAAAUCUUCUUAUACUGUAGUACUAGUUUUCAAAGCCAGUCAUUAGCCCAGAAUAAGGUUGUUCCAAUAUGUACCAGGGAUAAAAGGACGGAGAUCACUGGCAACGAAAUUUUACUCAUAUAAGCAAGCCGAAAGUAGUGCAUAUUUUUUGUAGUAGAACGACGAAACAGUAUUUGAAAUAAUGUUGCUCUAGAGUAUUGUUGACGAGUCAAUAAAUCGUCCGUAAUUCGAUAUUUGUUUCGCAAUUAAUUUUUUUUUUUUCUAUAUAAUUUUCCUAUAUUGAUCUCAUUGUAAAUAAAGACUUGAAAUCCUAACUUUUCAUAGGUAAUUUUUUAAACUUUUUAUAGGUGAACGGUAAAAAUAAAUGAAACGAGAGUUUUAAAUACGAAAAUUUGUAUAUUUUAAUUGAUUGCGCUUUUACAAGAUGAUUAAAUUACUGUUCAAUAUUAAAA